CUAGGUCAGUCUACGGACUCCGCGGGUCGCCGAGGGCCCCGCCGAGAGCCGGAGGCAAUGGAUGAACAGAGCGUGGAGAGCAUUGCUGAGGUUUUCCGAUGUUUCAUUUGCAUGGAGAAAUUGCGGGAUGCACGCCUGUGUCCUCAUUGCUCCAAGCUUUGUUGUUUCAGCUGUAUCAGGCGCUGGCUGACAGAGCAGAGAGCUCAAUGUCCUCACUGCCGUGCUCCACUCCAACUACGAGAACUAGUAAACUGUCGUUGGGCGGAAGAAGUAACACAGCAACUUGAUACUCUUCAACUCUGCAGUCUCACCAAACAUGAAGAAAAUGAAAAGGACAAAUGUGAAAAUCACCAUGAAAAACUUAGUGUAUUUUGCUGGACUUGUAAGAAGUGUAUCUGCCAUCAGUGUGCACUUUGGGGAGGAAUGCAUGGUGGACAUACCUUUAAACCUUUGGCAGAAAUUUAUGAGCAGCAUGUUACUAAAGUGAACGAAGAGGUAGCCAAGCUUCGUCGGCGUCUCAUGGAAUUGAUCAGCUUAGUUCAAGAAGUGGAAAGAAAUGUGGAAGCUGUAAGAAAUGCAAAAGAUGAACGUGUUCGGGAAAUUAGGAAUGCAGUGGAGAUGAUGAUUGCACGGUUAGACACACAGCUAAAGAAUAAGCUUAUAACACUGAUGGGUCAGAAGACAUCUCUAACACAAGAAACAGAGCUGUUGGAAUCCUUACUUCAGGAGGUAGAGCACCAGUUGCGGUCUUGUAGUAAGAGUGAGUUGAUAUCUAAGAGCUCAGAAAUCCUCAUGAUGUUUCAGCAAGUUCAUCGAAAGCCUAUGGCAUCCUUUGUUACUACUCCUGUUCCACCAGACUUUACCAGUGAAUUAGUACCAUCUUAUGAUUCAGCUACUUUUGUUUUAGAGAAUUUCAGCACAUUGCGUCAGAGAGCAGAUCCUGUUUACAGCCCACCUCUUCAAGUUUCAGGACUUUGUUGGAGGUUAAAAGUUUACCCAGAUGGGAAUGGAGUUGUUCGUGGUUACUACUUAUCAGUGUUUCUGGAACUCUCGGCUGGCCUGCCUGAAACUUCCAAAUAUGAAUAUCGUGUAGAGAUGGUUCAUCAGUCCUGCAAUGAUCCUACCAAAAAUAUCAUUCGAGAAUUUGCAUCUGACUUUGAAGUUGGAGAAUGCUGGGGUUAUAAUAGAUUUUUUCGUUUGGACUUACUUGCAAAUGAAGGAUACUUGAAUCGACAAAACGAUACAGUGAUUUUAAGGUUUCAGGUUCGUUCACCAACUUUCUUUCAAAAAUGCCGGGACCAGCAUUGGUAUAUUACCCAAUUGGAAGCUGCACAGACUAGCUAUAUCCAACAAAUAAAUAACCUUAAAGAGAGACUCACUAUUGAGUUGUCUCGAACUCAGAAAUUAAGAGAUUUGUCACCACCAGCUAAUCAUCUUAGCCCCCAAAAUGACGACACUCCCGAGACACGAGCUAAAAAGUCUGGGUCAUGCACUGACAUGCUUCUACAGGAUGGUCCUACUACAGCUUCUGUAAGAGGGGCCAAAGAGGAUGAAGAAGAUGAGAAGAUUCAGAAUGAAGAUUAUCAUCAUGAACUUUCAGAUGGAGAUCUGGAUCUGGAUCUUGUUGGUGAAGAUGAAAUAAAUCACCUUGAUGGGAGCAGUUCUUCUGCCAGUUCCACAGCCACAAGUAACACGGAAGAAAAUGACAUUGAUGAGGAAACUAUGUCUGGAGAAAAUGAUGUGGAAUACAACAACAUGGAAUUGGAAGAAGGAGAACUUAUGGAAGACGCAGCUGCUUCAGGACCUCUAGGUAGUAACCAUGGCUAUGUGGGUGCCAGUAGCAGAAUGUCAAGAAGAGCACAUUUAUGCUCUGCUGCUACCAGUAGUUUAUUAGACAUUGAUCCUUUAAUUUUAAUACAUUUGUUGGACCUUAAGGACCGCAGCAGUAUGGAAAAUUUAUGGGGCUUACAGCCUCGUCCACCUGCUUCACUUUUGCAGCCCACAGCAUCAUAUUCUCGAAAAGAUAAAGACCAGAGGAAGCAGCAGGCAAUGUGGCGAGUUCCCUCUGAUUUAAAGAUGCUAAAAAGACUCAAAACUCAAAUGGCUGAAGUUCGAUGUAUGAAAACUGAUGUAAAGAAUACACUUUCAGAAGUAAAAGGCAGCAACGCUGCUUCUGGAGACAUGCAGGCAAGCCUUUUUUCUGCUGACCAGGUAGCUCUGGCUGCGUGUGGAACCGAAAACUCUGGCAGAUUACAGGAUUUAGGAAUGGAGCUCUUGGCAAAGUCAUCAGUUGCCAGUUGUUACAUACGAAACUCCACAAAUAAGAAAAGUAAUUCAGCCAAGCCAGCUCCAUCCAGUAUAGCGGGUAGUCUGUCACUUCGAAGAGCAAUAGACUCUGGGGAAAAUAGCCGUUCGAAAGGAGACUGUCAAACUCUGUCUGAAGGCUCUCCAGGAAGCUCUCAGUCUGGGAGCAGGCACAGUUCUCCCCGAGCCUUGACACAUGGCAGCAUCAGUGAUAUUCUGCCGAAAUCUGAAGACCGGCAGUGUCAAGCUUUGGAUUCCGAUGCUGUUGUGGUUGCAGUUUUCAAUGGCUUACCUACUACUGAGAAGAGGAGGAAAAUGGUCACCUUGGGGGCUAAUGCUAAAGGAGGUCUUCUGGAAGGAAUGCAAAUAACUGAUUUGGAAAAUAAUUCUGAAACUGGGGAAUUACAACCUAUACUACCAGAAGGAGCUUCAGCUGCCCCUGAGGAAGGAAUGAGUAGCGACAGUGAUAUUGAAUGUGACACUGAGAAUGAGGAGCAGGAAGAGCACACCAGCAUGGGUGGAUUUAACGACUCUUUCAUGGCACAGCCCCCAGAUGAAGAUACGCAUUCCAGUUUUCCUGAUGGCGAACAAAUAGGCCCUGAGGAUCUCAGCUUCAAUACCGAUGAAAACAGUGGAAGGGAGUCUUGUCUUCUGUUCCUGCUCUGCAGAGCCUCUGCCCAGCCAGAGCCCUUGCCUGAGUCCUGCAGGGCAGUUAAAUAAUGUGAUUUGAAACUGACACUGUACCUGAUGGGUUGUUAACAAGAUCUAGGCUUCAGAAAAUGACAGAAGUGAGUGAGGUCCGUAUAUGGGGGUAAAGCAUCAGGAUGGUAAACAGAUUCUGGUACUAUAGUUGGAGCCAUGUUUACUCCCUCCUUUUCAGCCAUGUGUCACAAGAGAAAAGAAGCAAUGACAAAUACUGAAAAUCUCUACUUCCAAAUUUUUAAAAAUAAAAUCUGUAGAUUAACAAUCUGCUCAUUUCUAAAGUGUAACUAUUUUUAUUUAUUUAUUUGAUAUAACUAUACUGGCACCCAAAAUAUGGUACAGUCCUCUGUUUUUAAAGGCCAGGAAUUUUAGCCCUCCAUUAUGGGUGUGGGGAACAUGAAGUAAUUGUAUUACUAUAUAAAAACAUGAUUAGGCAGUGGACAUUCCUUAGCAAGAGCAUUUAAUGCCUCCUAACAGUGUGAGUGACUGAGCACUAUAGCGGGCAGCUCCUGUCCCUGGGCAUGGCUGGUCCACAGUUGAUAGGGGAGGGUAAAAUGUCACUUGGAGACAUUCAUGAUUCUCAGAGAAUCAGAGGCUGCUUCCUCAAAUGAAUCUGAUUGUUAGUUUGCUGUCUUUAGUUGAAGAUAUGCUCUGGCUUGAAACUGCAAAAAUGGCAAAAAGCAGACAAUUUUAAAAUAUCAAAUAUAAAUAUUGAAAUGAGAAACACAUGUCCUGUCUUUGCAGUCUGAAGUUGCAUGAAGCAGGACUCCAGAACAUUCUCCAUUUAUAACUAAACAGACCUCAGUCAUCUGCAUUCUCCUUUGCACUUGGCCUCUGGGCUCACUUUAGGCAGUACUUUCAGCCUCCUCCACACCAGUUACUUCAUUCCUUUGGGGGAAACAAUUCUAGAGAAGUUAAAACAAGUAUUUUUCAUUCUCCAAAACCACUUUUUAUCUUAUAGUAGUAUAUGCCUUUGCAGUCUGUGAACUUAAAAAAAAAAGGCAGAAAAAAUAGAAAUACUAUUUGAUUUUCUUUUUAAAUGGCAACUUGAUUCUAGUAUAUUUGUACCUGACAUCAUCUCCAUUAAACUAGUUUUAUUCCUGAGAUGAAGGUACAGUGAAAAACAUAUUAGCAUCACAAGUUAAAACCAGUCUUCUAAAAUGACAAAUAAUAAAAAUUCCACCAAGAGCACCAUAACAGGUUAUGAAACUCCCACAUAGCUACAGCCCUAGGAAAUACUUUUUAAUUCAAAAAAUUUUCAUAGUCUAUUAUGUUACAGAAAAAAAAAAUCAGUAAAUCUUUUUGACUAUAUACUGCCUCACAAGUCUGAGAAUAUGACAUUUUUACACUGGUUUUCUACUUUCAUUGUUACCAGACCCAUAUGGCUUUUAGUCUUUUACCUACUGAAAAAAAAGGGAGAAGAGUUUCCUUUAUAGUUCUGUCUUUUGAGAAAUGUUUCCCAACUAAAUCAAAUUCUGCAUUGUUUUCCAUAGAUAUAUUAGGCACAUCAGACCAGAUUUCAACUGCGUUGAGAUUUCAACACUGUAACCUGACUGAAAUAACUAACUUGCAAGCUUCCACUAGUGGCGUGAAGGGCAGUGGGUGAGGGUUGUGUGUAGGUGUGGCGACACAUCACAGGGACCAGUUGUAUAAUUUUGCUAGUGAAACCGCCAAUACUUUUUUAGAUUGAAAACACUAUUUUGAGUUUCCUAGAGAUCAAUUUACAUUUAAGAAUUGAGCCAUCCAUGGUUUUAUAAUGAAGCACAUAUAUUUCAGAAAUGUAUAUCUUGUUUCUACUCUUAUAGUGGUGUUUUUAUUGGGGGGAG